AUGCCGGCAAAGAUUAUUUUGGGAAGGGCUUCUAACAAUCUUACUGCAGGUAUUGUUGGAUUAGCCAAUAUAGGUAAAUCCACAUUUUUCCAAGCUAUUACCAACUCUAAAUUAAGUAAUCCUGCCAAUUAUCCUUUUGCUACGAUAAAUCCAGAAGAAUGCAAAAUUCAAAUUCCAAAUGAUAAAUUAGAUCAUUUGCAAAAGUUAUAUGAAAGUAAGAAACAAACCAGAUCCAUCUUGACAAUUUUCGAUAUUGCUGGUCUCAUUAGAGGAGCGUCUCAAGGAAAUGGACUUGGUAAUAAAUUUCUAAAUGAUAUUAAACCAGUAGAUGGAAUCUUUCAUCUUGUUCGAGGCUUUGCUAAAGAGGAUGUGGCCCAUGUGGAGGGAUCAGUGAACCCAACAAGAGAUUUAUCAAUUGUUCAGGAUGAAUUGAUUUUAAAAGAUUUGGAAUAUCUUGAAAAUGCUAUAGAGAAAUUGAAGAAGAAAAUAAGUAUCAAUAAAAAAAGUUCACUUGAUUACCAAAACUCUAAUAUUGAAAUGGAUUUAUUACAAAGAAUUGAGGAACAUUUGUAUAAUGGAAGGAAGAUUAUCCACUUCAAAAAAGAUUGGACGCAAAAUGAAGUUGAUAUCUUGAAUAGAUACCAUUUCUUAACAGCUAAACCUACCCUAAUCUUAUUGAAUGUUAGUCCCAAGGAUUAUGCCCUCCAAAAAAUAAAAAAUAAUAAAUAUUUAAAGGAUAUGAAGGAAUGGGUAGAAGAAUAUUCACCUGGUGAUAAGAUAGUCACAAUGAGUGCCAAUUUUGAAACAGAAUUCAAUAAAUAUAAGAAUGGUAACGAUUCGGAUGGUUGGAAACAAUAUUGCCAGACUUUACUAGAUGGAGAGACAGGUGUGAAAGAAACUGAUCUCCAAUUACAGUCGAUCAUGCCAACACUCAUUCAAAAUAUGAGGCAACUGCUUGAUUUGAUUAGUUUUUUCACCUGCGGUCCUCAAGAAGUAAGGGAAUGGAAUAUUCGAGAGGGUCUUACGGCUCAGGAAGCGGCUGGAGUGAUACAUACUGAUUUACAAGAGACAUUUAUCAGUGCAGAUAUCAUUAAGUAUUCCGAUAUUAAAGAUAUGAACCCUCCAUUGCUUGAAUCUAUCCUUAAGCAGAAAAGUUUAGUCAAGAAAGUUGGAAAGCAAUAUAUCAUGCAUAAUAAUGACAUCGCUCUAUUCAAAGCGGUAAAGGGAAAGACAAGAUAG